AUGGACGAUAAUUCUGCUGAAAACUCGAUGAAUUCAAGCAUAUCCUAUUAUGAGAAUCUCACAAAAUUCCUCCAACCAAACUUCAUUGUUAUGGUACCGAAAGGAGAAACUAGCGAACAUAUCAGUCAGACUUGGUCUAUGGUCAAUAUGAUUACUUCCAAUUCUGUGGUAAUUGCGGCCCUAUGCAUCUUUGUAUUUCUCAUCAUGAUGAGUAGUUGUGCUGACGUAUGGCUUACACCAAUCGCGGAAAGAGUAGAACGUUUCUUCAAAAAACCACGAAAGACUGAAAAUUCUAUCCCUUAA